UGCAUGUUGGCUCCAAGAAUGGAAAAUGUGCUCUUCUGGUUCCACUGGGUGGCUCAUUAUUUUGAGAAAAUGGCAGCUCGAGAAAUGUCUGUCCUGCAAUUUUGUCCCAUAGGAAAGUCCAAACUUGCUCCUUCUUCAAGACCCCAGUAGGCCACCUCCUGCUCUGCUCUUCAGCUGCCAAACAGGAGUUGGAAGGACCAACCUAGCCAUGGUCUUGGGCAUUCUGGUGCUGUAUCACCACAAGGGCGGUCUGCAGAAACUAGACCUUCCACAAUCCACUAAAUUCUUGCCUCGGGAUCGAUUUCGGGUUAUUCAAAACUUCAUUGGCACAGUACCAAAAGGCCAGCAAAUAGUGGAAGAGGUGGAUGCUGCCAUCUCCUUGUGUUCAGAAAUGCAUGACUUGAAGGAAGCCAUUUAUGAAUGUAAGAAGAAGUUGGAAGGGAUUGGAGAUGAUUACCAGAUUCAGGGGAACAGCGCCAAAGAGUAUUUCCUGCAGCGGACAUUACAGAGCCUUGGGCGCUAUUUCUGCUUGGUAGCCUUUAACUAUUACCUUCAUGAACAGUACCCCUUGGCUUUUGCUCUCAGUUUCAGUAGAUGGAUGUGCAGGCAUCCUGAGCUGUACAGGCUCCAGGCAAGCACAAACCUGUCGGAACUGACAAUCACGGGGGAGCAGCUAACAAAGGGCGCACGAGUGCUGGUGGUAGAUGAACGGUUUUCUCCGGAUGUGCUCAGCACAGUCAAGGAAAUGAGUGUGGCUAACUUCCGGAGGGUGCCCAAGAUGCCUGUAUAUGGGAUGGCACAGCCCAACUCCAAGGCUAUUGGAAGUGUCUUGAGCUAUCUGACAGAUGCAAAGAGGAAGUACUCCCACAUCUUGUGGGUUAAUCUCCGUGAAGAAGUGGUCCUGGAAGGGAAUGAGCAAAUCUAUACCCUACGGGAGCCUGGAAACCUAGAACAGCAGAUAGCAGUCCCUGUAACGUCUCCUGAGCAGCUAGAGAAAUUGGAGUCUGUCUUGAAGAAUGACCUGCUGAAAUCCCAGAAAUGGAUUGAAGUGUAUCUGGAGCAGGAGAAGCAGAUGAAAAUGUUUAAGACAUGCCUGACCAUGCAGGAGGUGUUUAACCAGCACAAGAGCUCUUGCCAGGGGCUGGCGUACAAACGGAUCCCGAUCCCAGACUUCUGUGCUCCCAAGGAAAAGGACUUUGAUCAGCUGCUGGAAGCAAUGAAAAAUGCAUUGGCCGAAGACUCCAACACCGCCUUUGUAUUCAAUUGUCACAGUGGCAGAGGAAGAACCACCACAGCCAUGGUCAUUGCUGUGCUCACCCUUUGGCAUUUCAAUGGAAUCCCAGAAAUAACUGAGGAUGAAAUUGUGAGUGUGCCUGAUGCCAAGUACACCAAAGGAGAGUUUGAGGUGGUGAUGAAAGUGGUCCAGUUAUUGCCAGAGGGACACCAAAUGAAGAAGCAGGUAGACAUGGCACUGGAUAUUGUGAGUGAGACCAUGACGCCCAUGCACUAUCACCUGAGAGAAAUCAUCAUAUGCAGCUAUAGACAGGGGAAGACCGCUAAAGAGGAGAAGGACUUGCAGACAUUGCAGCUGAGGAGCCUGCAGUACUUGGAACGCUACAUCUAUCUCAUCCUGUUCAAUGCAUACAUGCAUUUGGAGAAAAAGGACUCCUGGCAGAGGCCAUUUAGCACCUGGAUGCACGAGGUGGCAGCAAGGGCUGGAGUCUAUGAGAUCCUGAACUGCCUGGGCUUCGCUGAAUUUGAGGACCUGGAGGACAAGCCACUGACUCGGCUUCGCUAUCGCUGGCAGGAGCAAAACCGUAGCUCUUCACUCUUCCAGGGAGAAUUCAUAUAGGAGCCAGAAUUGGAAGGGUCAUGAGGAUUCCAGCAGUUCUCCAGAUGCGGCCAAAUGUCUUUCUCCCCCCACUCAGCUUUCUGGGUGGAUAUUUGGUUUUGUGGUGUGUGGUUUUUAAAAACGUGCAUAUAUAAAGAAAUGUGCCUUACCGAAGGAGUGUGAUUCUAGGAAGAAAAGCAAGUUACAUUGCCUUGAAGACCCUUUUAUGGUGGGUGGGAGCAUUCAGACACAAUAAAAUAAAUCAAAAUGAAUGUAGACAGGCGUUGAUACAAACAUUGUGCAUUUUUCCAUUACCCCUAGAACAUUUUAUGGCACACUACGAACUGGCGGUUUGGGAAAGACUUUUUAUUGGACUUGGUGCACUGCCCAAUGUAUACUUGUAUAUUAUGUACGUGCAGAUGCAGGAAAUGCAUGUGAGGUAUUGCUCUGCUGAAAGCAUUUAGUAGACGGCUCAGGAUGGUUUGUUUCAUUUGCUUGAAUCUUGUCCUAUUAUAUUAUGAAGAUCCUGAUUUCUAUUUAUGAUAUGUUUUUAAAAUGGAGCUACUGUUGAUAGACCCCUCGGUGUAGAAUGAGCCAAGAAUAUGGAGAGAGCCACUUUGGCUUCCCCAGGUGGAUCUCUCCCAUUGAACACCUGUCCUGUUGCAUCCCUGAUGGUUCUUGAGCCCUGGCAUUGACGAGCGCAGCAGGAGGCUGCUCCGCCUCUCUGUCUGGGUGCUUCCGUGUGUACCUAGCACGCGUGCAGCAAAGCAUGUUUGUGUACGUGUUGGUGCUUUUUAAAUUUUCUGUUUGGAUUGCCAGCUGUCCUGUUGCACCAGGCAUUGCUCCAGAGGCAUCAGUUGCAAAUCCUGAAGGGGAAUUUGGGGAUCUGGAUCACUCCUGUGCAUGGUUUGCUCCUGAGAUCCUCUCCAUGUAAUUCCAAGUGUGAUGAUGAUCGGAUUGUCCCUGUAGAAAAUAUAGAUGUACGGACUAUCUCCUAUCCUAGCACCGGGGUUCUCCACAGAAAACUGAGGCCCUUUCUGUCAAAAGGCCUUAGAUCUACUGCAUCCCAUAGAACAUGCUUUUAAAAAUUCAAGUUCCUUGCCCCAGGUAAACCAAAGCUGUGCCAAGGAAAACAGAAUUGUACAACAAAUGAGCAAAUGUACAUACUUCCUCUUGUGUUUGCAUAUUUUAUCUAGCCUUUGGUAACCCUGAGGAAGGAGCUGUGCAGACUCCCACAGCUACUGGAAAACUUAUUCAACCUCUGUGCAGAAGGCUUUGUCCAUACACUUCCAAGCACACCUUUGUUAGCCAUAGAAACUUGGCCUUCUUUUAAAAAUGAAGUGGUGAUUCUCAAGAAGCUCAAUUCUGUACCUAGAAGUGCAUUCUGUACUUUUCUCUCUGCAUAGCUCUGCAUUCCCCGCACCCCAGUAUUCUACUCCUUGCUUCUUGACAAGCAACAUCAGCGCUAGAAAUUAGGUGAGAAACCAAAACAAGCUUUUCUAAAUGAAUAUAUGCAUGAAGUGUUUGGAUAAUUUAAAAAAUGCACAGCCAUAGGCAUACAACGCUAACUUGUCAGUCCUUUCUCAAAAACGUAUACAUGGGGAAUAACAAUAAAAAAGCUUGGGUUCACAUCAUGAAAAAGCACAGGGAUGGUGGUCCUCAUUGACCACAAUCAGUGAUAUAAAAUAUUGGGGUUCUCUUUCUUCUUCAGGAUAGCUCCCCUCCAGCCACACAUUUCCGAAGCAGUUCAUCUGCCUUGCUUCUGGGAAGGAAACCAUGCAGGUAUUUUUUCUCAAAUGUGGAACAUCUGAUGUAGAAUGGUGUUACUCCAGGGGGAUUUUGUUGGUGUUUUAUUAACUAUUCAGUGAUGUCACUGAAUAGUAAAUAAAGUAUAUUAUCUAGCCCACAGUUUCUGUUAGCCUAAUUCAGCCACCCCAAAGCAGACAUUCUCACACCCGUAUGCACGUGUGAACCAUCGGGAGGCCUGUUUUUGUCUGCCACGUUUCUAAAAAGAAUCAUCGCCCACGCACACACACACACAUUAUUUGCAAGUUUGUAUUGCAAGAGUGAUCUUGAGUUGCUGUCCUGUUUCACUACUCACCAACCCUGAAUGGGGUUGAUGCUGGGGGGUUUUUUGGUUUUUGUUUUUUUGAUGUUUGUUUUUUUGGCAAAACUACUGCAUAGAUGUUGUUUCCAUUCCUCCGUUUUUGUUUUUGCAAUGGUUUAUUUUGCUUCUCUGUAAGUUUUCCCGCCCCUACAACAAAAUAUUGCAUGUUCACCGGAAUGGGUAAAAAAGGCUUCUAAAUACACGCGAUGCUUCCAAAGGUGCCUUUUUGACAUGCCCCAAAUGGUACUGAACCGUUCCUGCGUAUGUUGCAACUGCACAGCCAGCCUGAGGUUGAUGGGAGCAGGUAUCGUGAGCCAACACUCCUCCUUUGACAAACUCCAGCCAUAGUCUCUUUCCUUCCAAAUGUUCUUGAUUGCAAAUCGCCCAGGAUGGCUUUCUGAGCACACACAGAGCAGUUUGUUGAACCCAGUCUAGCAAGCACCUCCAGGAACUCUCCUUGUGAACACGCCUGUGUCCAGACCCUUUGGGAGUGGCUCUCUGAAGGCAAGCACGCUUCCUCUCUGCAUGGCUCAUCUAAUUCAGACUCCCGCCUCUGCUUGCCACAGGGUGCCCUCCGCUCAGAGGCAGAGGGCUGGUCCCAUUGGGAGAUUCUCAUCACCAGAGGCCCCUCCCACUGGCUGUAUGUCCGGGCCCUGCCCAUGAACUGACUGCUGUGGCCAGGUGCCUCCCCUCGAGCUAAUCUGCUGCUGCUGCUGCUGCUGCUGCAUCCCAGGACCUUGAAUGAAUCCAUGCUCCCCAGUCUCACGGAGACAUUCCUCCGAAUCCGAAUCAGCACCUGGGAUGCGGCUCAUGUCCUGUGGGAACUCUUGCCCAAGCCCGUCAUCCCUCUUCCUCCCAUCAGCAGGUUCACAGUGUAUAAUAUUUUAAGAAGUAUUUGUGCUGUGUGAGGUAUUGUGACAAUAUACUGUGUGGACACUUUGUCAUGUAAAAAGGCAGAAUGACCUUUGAAGUGGAUUAUCUAAGAUGGACUUGAAGAACGGCAUCUGUAUGUUUGUGUACAACUUGUGUUACAUACAGGGGAAUGGAAUGGUAUUAAAAUCUGCAAGUACACAGUC